CUCAAGUACAUACAUACAUAGCACACUAAGGAAAACAUAUGUUAAUCAGUGACUAUGUAUUACGUGUUAUAUACAAGAUAGAAUAUAUUUAAAAUCCUCAAAAGUUUCCACAUUUCGGGAUCAUUUUGAGUAUAAAUGGACUCAAUAAGCCCAGGGCAAGCCUGCAUUUACAGGAAAUACAGGGAAAGUCUCCCUCAUCACGUAGUACAAAUCGUAAUAGAUUACCUUUCAGAGAAACACAGGGGACCGUUAAAUCAGGCCGUCGACCUAGGCUGUGGGUCAGGUCAGUGCACUUUUCAAAUCUGUAAAUACUUCGGCCACGUUCUUGGCACGGAUAUCAGUUCGACACAAAUUGAAGAGGCGGUCAAACAAAAAGAAAAGCAAGGGGUCAAAAAUGUCACUUUUGAGUGAGUGGACGUUCUCAAAAUCAUUAAACCUAGACCUCAUCAUUUGUUACACUCGUUGAAAUCCGGUAGUAAAAUAAUACAAGGGGUAUUCACAUAUGACUGCCAACGUGGUAAUGAUAAGCAAUCCCACGUAUGUAUGCUGAAAUCUUCCGCGGAAGAAAUUCCCCUCCCGGAUAAAUCAAUAGAACUUAUCAUUGCCUGCAGAUCCGCGCAUUGGUUCGACUUGGAUAAACUGUACUCGGAGGGGGAACGAGUCCUUUGUCCCGGCGGGGUCAUGACCUUCAUCGGAACAAGGACGAUGUCACUAACAGUGGAAUAUAUUAAAGAUGACGGCAGAAAUUCAGAACUUGUAAAAAUUACGGAUUAUAUUCAUGACUUUCUGAAGCCAUAUUUUCCCCCAGAAGCUCAAGCUUCCACGGAUGAAUAUAAAGAAAUUAAAAUUCCAUACAAUGAUUUUAAACGAGUGGGUGGCGUCAUGGACAGUAAGGUUGUCAACCUUUCUUUCAUCAUCGGACUAAUUCAAAGUUAUUCAAUGUUUCACAAUUUCUGCAGAGUUGAAGGAACUCAGGAGGGUGAAGAUUUUUUGGAAAAUAUUCGGAAAAAUAGAUUUUUGACCGCUACUGGACUGGAAGGUGAAGACAUCGACGAAGAUAUCUUCACUUUAAAAACGACGUACUUUAUUUUAAUGGGGCGAUUAAACGGCACAAAUUAGCUUACGUGAAUUUAUUGUUUGGAAAUUUUUUAAAAUUUGUUUUAUAAAAUUCAAAAAUAUCAUGUCAUGAUUGUAAAUUCAUGACUUCGGCGCAAUCUCUUAGUAACAUUUUCCUGUAACUUUCCAUAUCUACCCUCCAUCCAUGGAUUCAAUUCAAGUAAAGGUAAAACACUUAUGUGCAUGUAUUUACAUUGGUAUGCUCAUCACCAUUAAAGAGUGAGUAAUUACUA